AUGCCCAAGCAAGCUGUAGUGACCUUGCGCUACGGGCCCUACAGUGCAGUGGGUCUGUCCGUGGAGCACCGCACCUACCGACUAGAGGGUCUGCAAGCUGUGUUGGCCAAUGAUGGACAUGAGGUCAUCCUGGAGCAGAUAGAAGACUGGAAUGUGGUGGAGCUUGUGGUAAAUGAAGAAACAGUCUUCCGGUGUGAUAUUCAAGACCUGGAGUUUGGGGGUGACGGCAAACUAGACCCACUGUGUGAAGAGGCCAGGAUCGCUGUGCUAAAUGCCUUCUGA